AUGGAUAGAUACAUCAAAAUGAGCACCUUGACCAGUCUUCCCAUUGGCACUCUUCACCAUAUCAUUUUCUUUCUGCCAUCGGAUCAAUAUGUCGCAGCACUUUCCGUCCAUUGCCGGGUUCUUCACUCCCUAUGCGACAUGGAAACGCGUGAGAAGUAUCAUGGAAUUGACACCCGGCUCUCGGAUAAUAGCGUCGACCAGGCUUCCAACCUGCUCAUGGAUAUUAUGAAGAGACCUGGUCUGGGGCACUAUAUGCACCAUGUCGGUUACCGGGAAAGAAUUCUGGAUCACGAAGACUAUACCGCAAAAGGAUAUCAGCGGAAAUUGAGCGAGGACGAAAUGCAGACUCAGAGUCAUCUAGUGCAGAGCCUGACUACCGAGGUCACUGCAAGGGUACUUACGGUGCUUUUAUUAUGUGAGCCCUGA